AUAUACAUUUGACACGACCAUUAAAGAGUUACUAGGUGAUCAUUUGGAACUGUCCGACAAAACGGCAGAGAAAAUCGUUACAAUAAGGGAUAUAAUAUCGCAUUCUCAUGGAUUGGGUUUUCCAUCUGAUCAAUUAAUAGGGAAUUGGUAUGCAAUGACGAAGUAUGACUUUUUAAGGAAUGUAAAACAUUACCCGGUUGUGGACGAAAUAAGGCGAGGAUUCCAUUACUCAAACGAUGCAUUUCUUUUUCUUGAUAAAGCAUUUGAGUUAAUGGAGAAUAAAACGAUUGAACAAUUAUUUCGAGAUGAAUUAUUUGAACCGCUGGGUAUGAUUCAUUCUAAUACAAUCGACGAGGCGCGAUAUGAUGAGAGUUAUGCUUGUAGUUAUCAACCUGGACCUAAUGGGGCAUUGAUAAAAACUACAAGGAGAUUCGUCAGUUGGCAUGGCCGUAAUGUCGGUGCAUGGGGAUUAGCCAGCACGGCAGAUGAUCUUGCUAAAUAUCUAAGAUUCGUUCUGAGAGAAGGCAAAUUAGAAGGUGGAACGCAACAUGUUGACUCAGAUUUAAUGAAAGAGGUACUAUCACCGCAAAUAUUUUACCCUUUACCAUACGUGAAAGUCGCCGAUGGUUAUUCUUUGAGGCCUGAUUUCCCAACUACAAGCCAGACGCAAUCAUACGGCAUGGGUUCGUGGCAUCGCUACUACCGAGGUUUCCAAUUGGUCCAGCAUACCGGAAGCUUCUUGGGAUAUGACACUCUGAUGACGUUUGUUCCUGAAUUAAACAUCGGUAUCUUCACUGGUUUGAAUGGUCCAUAUACAGACGUCUCAUGGGUUGCAGAAACAGUCAUUCAAGAAUACAUUCUUGACACAUUGCUCGAAUUGCCAAGUUAUCUUAACAACACAACAGCGUGUACAUUUCCCGCACCAUGGGGUGAUCCCGUGGAAAUGCCAUCACUGCAAGCCAUCCCAGAGGACGUGGUCCCGGCUCUACCACUUGAUAAAUACACCGGUGUAUUUGGCAAAGAAGGAUUCGGAUGUGUAUCCAUGACUUUAAAUAGAACCGAACAUGAUGUUGAAGUACUCCAGUUUGCAAUUGGGUUGGCUAGAAUGUUUGCUUAUCCCAAAGAAGGACAGGCGCAUCAGUUUUGGCUAAAGGGCCUUGAUGAUAUGUUCCACCACUGGUAUAUUGGGUAUUAUUCUGCUGGGUUUACAGAAUCGGGUGGAUCGAUUAACGAGAUGAGGUUACAAGGAUCGAGUUUGAAAAGAAUGCCUGGUGACAGUGAGCAGUUAUGUUCAUAUUAUCUAACGGGUCUGAAUG